CGCACCACCUAUGAUGCAACACAACCAGCACCACCAGCAGCAGCAGGAGAUGGGCAUCUCAUCAGAGACCAGCCCGUCGUCAUUUUCGUCCGUCUCACCGCACAGCAGCAGUCUGACACCCGACGCCCUGGCCACCUACGGAGAACCCAUGCUCCGUACCGAAUCCGCCAGCAGCAUCAAGUCCACCCAAUCCCAGCGAGCCCGCGCCAAGGAUUCCCUCCAGCGCCAGGUCGCCGCAGCGAACAGCAGCCAACGCCUGCUCCCUAAACUGGACAAGACAGACCCGGACGAGGAGGCCCAGCAGCCAAGCAGCAACAACAGCAAGGCAGAUGCGGGCGCCAAGGUCCCCAUGGCCAAAACUACCUACCAACGACCCAAGAGGCCCAAGAUCUACUGCUCAAAAUGCGACGAGCAGUCCGACGGGUUCAGAGGCGAACACGAGCUACGCAGGCACGACGACCUGAAGCACUCAACCAUGAAGACGGUCUGGGUGUGCGUCGACCCUGGUGCCGCCUCGGAUCUGAAGCCCUUCACGCCUAUCGACCAGUGCAAGAACUGCAGGGACAGGAAGGAGUACGGAGUAUAUUAUAACGCAGCAGCUCAUAUGCGAAGAGCGCACUUUACCAAAAAGACGCCUAGGGCUAGUCGCAAGACCGAUAACAAUAACAACAACGAGACGGACGACGACAAGAAAGGCGGGCGGACUAGUGAGAGUUGGCCUGUUAUGACGGAGCUGAAGAAGCACUGGAUGAAGGCCAUCAAAGUGUCUGCGGACAAGGUCAUCAACGAUGAGGAAGACGCCACCGUCGAGGGCAAAGAGGGCAACGCUGCCACUGCCAUCGGCGACGCCACCGCACAGGCCUCAGAAUUGCUCGACGACAGUGCCGCCUUUAACCACAUCAACACGGACAUGAGCGCAUCCACACGCUUCAACGAUUCCAUGGCCUUUGCCGUGGGCAGCAACACGAACCUCCAGGUAGACCUCCAAGUCGACACCAACGACAUCUUCGGAGACAACUUUGGCGACUUCACAAACUACACCGUGCAGCCCACCAACACCACCCAGUUCGACGCCGGCCUCGCCGCCCCAGCCUCGACAGGGUCUGCCAGCUUCAACUACCCCUUCACCGUGACCGCGCCCGCCGGUUACCCUCAUAUCGACCUGAAUGUUUUCCAGGGGUCGCAGAUCUCGGCCUCCUCGGCGACGGACCCCAGCAGCCUGGCGCCUUUCGGUACUGCUAGUUUCGUUGCCCAGGAUACGCAGCAGCAGUCCAGCCAGCCAUCGCCGAUGGACUCAAACCAUACCGGGGACCAUGUUGUGUUUGGGGACUUUGACUUCAACAACAUGGGCUCUGGCUGCUGAAUUUUCUCUUUCUUCUCGUUUCUUAAGCUCGUCCCAGGGACAUGCUUAUGAUUUCCGCCUGUCAAAACCAUCAUUCGUCAAAUUUGGUUGAUGGCUUUGGCUUCCAAUUGCCUUGACUCAACUUAUACAUCAUGACGUUUCACUUGUUCUUCAGCAAUAGCCGCAGCUUUGCGCCUGGGCUUCAGUCAGUUCUACACUAUUCUUCUUCCAUUUCUCUAUCACUGUCAGCUCCUGUUGCUGGAGUCACUCAAUGAUGCACUGUGUGCACAACAACCGGUCAAGUACCUUUGGAUAAUCUCCGAAUUGCAUCAGCACUCGGCGUUGGGAAUGAUCAUGAUCACCAAGGCAUUUAGCCCCUACGCACAUCUGAUUCUCGUGUGUGUUGUGUGUCAUGACUUUUUCACCAUGUUUUCUUUUUUUCCUUGCUGUCCUUUUGUUCCUCUCCCGGGGGGAGGGAAGAAUCGAGAGAGACUCGGCACGAGGUUCUGCGGCGCAUAUUCUUCGGUCGUCAACGAUGGAUUGAGAUUGGUAGGGCCUAUUGACAAAGCUCUGGUUACGAAUUUUAACGAUUUGCAUGGUCGAGGAUCCGGGCAUUUGGGAUGGUGUUUAAGCCGAUGCCUUUCUAUUUUCUUUUCUUUUACUUCUUUUACUCGGGACAAUUGGUUUUUCCUUUUGGAUUUGGGUUGGGAUUUUGUGAUACCUCUCUGUGUAUAUGCACGGUGCAGUGAUGAUUGUGUCGGGUAGCGUCGCAGGGAAAGCUGUGUGUGACGAUGGAGACAGACAAAUGAAUGCAUUGAGGCACAAGAGCAGAUACUUGUCCUGCUUGCUGCCUCCAUGCUCAACUUGGCGUGUGCCUUCC